GCAUUUUCCAUCUUGCGGCGAGACUGCGACCAUGGCCGACGAACGCUUCGACGGGCUCCUUCUGCAGAUGGCGCAGCAGCAGCAGGGCAUCGAGCCGAUGCUCACGAGCGUCUUCUCGUUCCUGCGCCGGAAGACAGACUUCUACGCUGGCGCGUCCCAAGACAAGGUCGAGCAAAUGGUGCUGAACGUCCUGCGGCGCGAAGCCGCGCUGGCCGAGCGCGAGCGCUAUGACCGCAAGCAGCAAGAAGAAAAGGAAAAGAAGAAGCGCCUCGACGCCAAGAAGAAGAAGGACGCAGAGGACGCGGCGCGCAAGGCGGCCGAGAUGGAGUCGCGCUUCGAAGAGAUCGUGGACGAGCCGCCGGCGCCCGUGCUGGAAGCCAAGCCGAUGGCCACGCCUGCGCCUACGAACAACCCUGCCAGCAACGGCAACGACGACGAUGACGAUGACGCGUCUCCGCCGCUGGAAGGCAACGGCGGCAAGACGGAGCACUACGUCUGGACGCAGACGUUGCAGGAAGCGCACGUGUCGAUCGCGGUGCCCAACGGCACGACGUCGCGCCAGGUGUUUGCCGACAUCCGCGCCAAGACGCUCAAGGUCGGCCUCAAAGGCCAGCCGCUCCUCGUCGACGGCGAGCUCCACAAGCGCAUCAAGGUCGAAGACUCGUUCUGGACGCUCGAGGACGGGAACCGCAUCUGCAUCUACCUCCAAAAGGAAAACCAGAUGGAGUGGUGGAAGAACGUGAUCCAAGGCGACCCGGAGAUCAACACGAAGAAGGUGCAGCCAGAGAACUCGAAGCUGAGCGACUUGGACGGCGAUACGCGCCAGACCGUCGAGAAGAUGAUGUUUGACCAGCGCCAAAAGCAAAUGGGGCUGCCGACCAGCGACGAGCUGAGCAAGCAAGAGAUUUUGAAAAAAUUCAUGGCCGCCCACCCCGAAAUGGACUUUAGCAAGGCCAAGCUCAACUAACUUCACAUGUCCUCCACUCAACCCUUGUACCUUCCAUCGUCUUGGUCGUUGCUCUCAUCUCGGCGACAAGUUGCUGCCACCCGACACCAUCGAGACAACAAACUGCGAUGCAAUAAGAGCUUAGCACCACGUUGCCGUAGCGGACUAGACGCGGAGGUACCCCUGGCCCUCGACGUAGCUCAAGAGCUUGGCUUGCUUGGGCAACGG